GCCGCGUGUCUAUCAGCAGAAGGAGCCGAACAUGUGAGCAGCAGCAGCAGCAGCGCUAGAAAACAUGGCGACUCCCGUUAGAGCAGCUCGCCUCUGUCUGCUGGCAGGACGGAGAGUCACCUCCCUGUCAGUCAGACACAGGCGGGCCGUUUGCCUGCCGCAGAGGAGAUGCUACAUAUCAUCCUCGACGGGGAACAAUCUUCAGUUCAGACUUGAUGAGCGAACAGCUCACAGCAGUCUGGACCUCUUCAAGAAAGACACCGGCGUCAUCUACCGCAUACUGGGUCUGGACCCCAGCCACGUUCAAGACAAUCCCGAGCGUUUCCGAGACUGGGCAGUUGUGUUUGGUGAUCAGAAGAUCAGCGGUGGACGACAUUACUGGGAGGUGACGGUCAAAAAGUCUGGAGAGUUUCGUCUCGGUGUGGCUGAAGCACAGAUGUCCCGGGAGGACUGUGUGGGCACCAACAACUCCUCCUGGGUAUUCGGCUACGCUCAGCGCAAGUGGUUUUUCAUGACCAGCAAUAAGAUUGUUCCUGUGACGCUGGUGGGCAAGCCAGACCGCGUGGGCAUCCUGGUUGACUAUGACGCGGGCCUUCUGGAGCUGGUCGACAUAGAAAAACCCUCCAUCAUUCACUCCAUCAGGGUCCAGUUCAAGGCUCCCCUGUGCCCUGCGUUUGGACUUUGGGACGGGGAGCUGCUCACACACUCGGGUCUGGAGGAGCCUGAAGGCCUGAAGUGAAGCAGGAUGAACUGUGAUGCCCAUGAUUUUGAUGGCCAUGGGCUCGAUACAGUGGCAACAUUCAUUAUAAGGAAAAAAGGAAGCAGUAUCUAUGUGGGGAUCAUUUCCAGCUCUAUUGCAGGUGAUGGUUAAUUUUCAAUGGUCCAGGUGGUUCAUAGUCAUGACUCUUUACAAUGCAAGUUCAUACUUUGUGUAUGUCAUUCAGCCUCAGGCAAUCAUAUCACAGACGCUGUCUUUAUGUGUACCUCAUGUAUUACCUCUCAGACUAACUGAUGUGAAAAGGAUGUGUGGUUUUUUUUGAGAGGAACCUUAACUGCCAGGUUAAUUUGCAAUUUACUCUGGCAUUACACACAUCUUUACAAAGCUGAUAUCUAUACAAAACUUUUUCAGAUUCAUGUUCAUACUGUACAUUGUUUAAUAAAAUAAUUUCACUAAAA